UUUUAUUUGAAAUGAAAAUAAAGUUUUUGGUUUUAGCUACACUUUUUGCACUUGCAGCUUGUGAGAUCGGAGAUUCUUGGAUGGAAGAUGCUUCAGUCCCAGCAGAUGUCUCUGACUUCAAAUCUAAGCAUGAUGGGGAAGAUUAUAUUCUAUUUUUCCAUGAUAUUAGUAACAACAAUAAAAGAGAUGAAGGCUUCUUCCAAAGUAUGUUCAACAUUUUUGGGUCAAACAAUAAUUUGGACGAGGAGUAUCAAUUGAUUCUCUCUGAUAAAUACCCAACACUCGAGAUUGAUUCUGGCAUUGAUUCUCUUAGAAAUGUUCCCGAUGAUUAUGGAGUAAAGGAACUUCCAUAUAUUAUUGCAUAUCAUAAAAACAAAGAGAUAUGGAGAGCCAAACCAUCUCAAGAUACUACCGACAUCAUUGCCAAUAAGAUCAGACAAUUUGAUAAUGGAGAGAAAGUAAGCACUAUUCCAAAUGAUUCCAACCAACAGAACCAAAGAAGAGCUCCCCCUCCUGGCUCUGCUACGACUCAAGUUCAAAGAGGUAAUCAGCAACAGAGACAGCAAGUACAGUACCAGCAGAGACAACAAAGACAGCAAACUCAAGACCAACAGAAACAAAGAAUCCAGGAGCAGAAAAGACAACAAGCUGAAUACAAUCAAAGGCAAAGAGAUCAGCAAAAUAGGAGAAAUAGAAGAAAUGGGGAAGUCAAAGAUGACACCUAUGUCGAUCCAUUCGAUAAAAACAAACAUUACAGGUUGGAUGAUGGCAUUCAAGAUGACUCUAACUACAGAAAUGGAAGAGGCAAUAACGAUAGCACUGUCACUACAAUCAGAGAUAGAUUCUAUGAUGCUGGAGAUUACGUUUUUGAACCAAACACCUAUGUAGCUGCUGAACCCGUCGCAUACGCUGUUGAACCAGCCGCACACGCUACUGUCAACAGAGGCCCAGCUAGAGAAAAUCUUGCCUAUGGAAGAAUAAACCAGAACUACGCUGCCAAUCAAGGGCAAUACUGGAAUGGAGAUUCAGUCUACUAUGCUGUUGGACAAGAAAGAAAACCAUUCGAGCUUGCUGAGCCUGAAGGAGCUUUCGGAGACGAAUAAGGAAUUUCAUUAUU